GAGAGAGAGAGAGAGAGAGAUAGAGAGCAUCUCAGUCUCUGCAACAGAGCUCUGCUCUACAGACGCACUUGAACUGAAGUUUACGCACACAGACCAUCAGUAAAACAGAAGUGACGGACACGAGAGGGUGGCAGGAUUGUCGCACAGUAAUCACAGUAAUCACUGAAUGAAAAUGCUUUGACGGCGGCGCACAUCCGAGCAUCGUUUCCCAGAUGUUAGGACUGGAAUGUGCAUCGCUUUCUCCACAUUGUCCUCGUUUUUGUUCAAACCCAGACGAGUGGUUUCUCAUCGCAGCCUCACUUAUGAGCACCUGUUGUGUGUCUUUACUGAUGAGUUCAUAAGAGCCGAGAUUUUCCACAACAACCCAAAACCUACAGGUUUUCAUGCAUGUAAUAUAUACAUGUCUGCAGUCUUCUGGAGAAGCCAAGAGAACACCAGCUGCAUCGGUUUAAGUAGCCUAGAUGUAACACAAAUAUCUGAUUACAGCCUCGGUGUGACAUGGCCUAGCAGCGAUGUCCCAGCUGUAUUACCGCCGUACUGAUAACUCCUCAUAUCGAGACCGCAUCCCACUUCGGAUUGUGCGGGCUGAGUCAGAACUGUCUCCCCUAGAGAAGGCCUACCUGAAUGCCGUAGAAAAGGGUGACUAUGCCAGUGUGAAGCAAGCUCUUGAGGAGGCUGAGAUCUACUUCAAAAUCAACAUCAACUGCAUUGACCCGCUUGGUCGCACAGCCCUGUUAAUCGGCAUUGAGAAUGAGAACCUGGAGAUCAUUGAACUCUUGCUCAGUUUUAACGUAUAUGUGGGUGAUGCACUGCUCCAUGCCAUACGCAAAGAGGUUGUGGGUGCUGUGGAACUACUGCUCAACCACAAGAAGCCCAGUGGGGGCAUGCAGGUGCCUCCUAUUCUGCUAGACAAACAGUUCUCUGACUUCACCCCUGAUAUAACACCCAUUAUUCUGGCUGCUCACACCAACAACUAUGAAAUCAUCAAGCUUCUGGUGCAAAAGGGCGUCUCGGUACCCCAGCCACAUGAGGUGCGCUGCAAUUGUGUGGAGUGUGUAUCCGGCUCAGAUGUGGAUAGCCUGCGCCAAUCACGUUCCCGUCUUAACAUCUAUCGUGCACUGUCCAGCCCAUCACUGAUCGCCCUGUCCAGCGAGGACCCGUUCCUCACAGCGUUCCGCCUCAGCUGGGAGCUACAGGAGCUCAGCAAGGUGGAGAACGAGUUCAAGGCUGAGUAUGAGGAGUUGUCACACCAGUGCAAACAAUUUGCCAAGGACCUGCUGGACCAGACACGCAGUUCCCGAGAGCUGGAGCUCAUCCUCAAUUACAGAGAUGACAUAAAUCUUCUGGAGGAUGAGGUCAACAACACUGAUCUUGCCAGGCUCAAACUAGCUAUCAAGUAUCAUCAGAAGGAGUUUGUAGCACAGCCAAACUGUCAGCAGCUCCUAGCAUCCCGCUGGUAUGAUGAGUUUCCUGGCUGGAGGAGACGUCACUGGGUUGGCAAAUUCGUCACAUGCAUUUUCAUCGGCCUCCUCUUUCCUCUGUUCUCCAUCUUCUAUUUGAUAGCCCCCAAGAGCCACUUUGGUCUUUUUAUUCGCAAACCCUUCAUCAAGUUCAUCUGCCACACUGCCUCCUACCUGACCUUCCUCUUCCUCCUUCUUCUGGCCUCCCAGCAUGUGGUCACCACUGAGUCGGAUCGUCAGGGUCCAGCUCCCACCACUGUGGAAUGGAUGAUACUGCCUUGGGUGCUUGGCUUUAUCUGGGCUGAGAUCAAACAGAUGUGGGAUGGAGGCUUUCAGGAUUAUGUCCAUGACUGGUGGAACCUCAUGGAUUUUGUCAUGAAUUCUCUCUAUUUAGCCACUAUCUCUCUAAAGAUUGUAGCUUAUACAAAGUAUAGUGACUUUAAACCUAGGAAUGAUUGGGAGAUGUCGCAUCCUACCCUGGUGGCAGAAGCAUUAUUUGCCAUAGCAAACAUCUUCAGUUCUCUGCGCCUAAUUUCACUCUUCACAGCUAACUCCCACCUGGGUCCUCUGCAAAUUUCUCUGGGCCGCAUGCUCCUGGACAUCCUUAAAUUCCUCUUCAUCUACUGUUUGGUGCUUUUAGCCUUCGCAAAUGGCCUCAACCAGCUAUAUUUCUAUUAUGAGACCGAUGCUUCAAACAAGACAGGGAACUGCAAGGGUAUUCGUUGUGUACAGCAGAAUAACGCAUUCUCUACGUUAUUUGAAACCCUCCAGUCUUUGUUCUGGUCCAUAUUUGGCCUCAUUAGUCUGUAUGUGACCAAUGUUGACCCAGAACACCAGUUCACAGAAUUUGUUGGAGCCACAAUGUUUGGAACCUAUAACAUUAUUUCCUUGGUUGUGCUUCUCAACAUGUUGAUUGCCAUGAUGAACAAUUCCUAUCAACAUAUCGCUGACCAUGCUGACAUUGAGUGGAAGUUUGCUCGAACUAAGCUGUGGAUGAGCUAUUUUGAAGAGGGAGGCACUUUGCCUCCUCCAUUUAAUAUAAUCCCCAGCCCUAAGUCUGCAUGGUACCUGAUCAGGUGGAUCAAGAAGCACAUAUGCAAGAGGACAACAGCAGAGAGAACUGAGACUUUUGGGUCAAUUAGCAGGAGAGCUGCAAAGAAUGUCCACAUCAAUCACCAGUAUCAGGAGGUUCUGCGAAACUUGGUGAAGCGGUAUGUGGCUGCAAUGAUCAGAGACGCCAAGACAGAAGAAGGCCUAACAGAAGAGAACUUCAAGGAGCUAAAGCAGGACAUUUCUAGUUUCCGAUAUGAAGUUUUAGGAAUGAUGAAAGGAAAUAAACCAGGACUACAGACUUCUAAGGGAAGUACAGGGGCCUCAAACAUGGCCUAUUCUGACCAUCCUAUGAAGUGUUCAACAGCUCCUACUGGAGAACAACUGAAGAGCAAGCUAAAACUUUUCAGCGUUACUGCAGCUAUUCUUCAACAAAAUUCAAAAGCAAAUACAAAGAAUACAGAACACAGCCUUGCUAAUGGGUCUAUCCCUACACCAUCAGAAAUUACUUCAUGCAACAGGACAACAAGUGAUAUCUCUGGAUUGUAUCACCAAAUCCGGCAUAGGGGGACAACCGAUCCUGGCAGGAUUUAUUCUGUGUGUGAAGAGGUUGGGGAGUCAGAUACAGAGGAACUGGUGGAGAAUAACAAGAAUAACAAAACCUCUGAGUCACUUAUGAACAAGUCCAUUGAAAAUGAAAUUGAUGAGAGCAGUAGUAAGACAAAUGAAGUGCAAAAAUUGACAGAGGAAGGAAAUAGAAUUUCUGACAUACCAUGUAUAUGUUACGAAGAUGGGAAUGAUGAUAAUACUGAAAAUUAUGAAGAAAUCAGCAGAUUAUAGUAGCAUAUAACCACUAUGUGAGGGACAAUCAGACACCAGUUAUGCCAAACUGUAGUAGUUUCUUUAGGAAUCAACUUGUCUAAACUGUUACAGAUUUCCAUUCUUCACCAAGACCAUAAAUAGUAAUCCCAUAAAAUCUUAACCAUUUUAACUAUAUUCCAUAUACAGAUUGCCCGAAUAAUCAAUAUUGUGCAAGGACAUGCCCUGACUUGCCCUACUUGCUUGUUUUCUGUUAGACUCAGGAAUGACUUUAAACUUUGGGAGUGUUCUAGGGAUUGGAAGCUAUGUCCUCAAGAGGAUAUGCUGCCAGUUAUUUUUGUCCACUAAUACCUGGUCAGUACCUUGGUAUCCAUAUCUUAGAAAGCUUUUUCAUCAAUAUUCUACUAGCUCAAAUGCUCCUCACAAUAGAAUAAAAUUGAAGGUGCAAUAAGAGAAAUCUAUGACAGAAGACUGUCCUGGUAAAGCUUUUAUUAGUUUUUUUUAAAGAGAAAUCUGCAUAAUAUCCACUGGCAAAUCUAUGAGCCUUUAGGGCAAAAUAAAACAUCUUCACAGGUUUUUAGGAUGGCUGCCUGAAGCUGACCAAUACCAGUUCACCACCCUGAAAUUUCUCAUGAAAAAGCAAUAGCUCCAUGAAAAGGAAUUGCACUGUUUGAUUUACCAGCUGAUGCUAACUUUGGGAUGUAUUCAGAGUUGAAUUAAGCAUGGCAAUAAAAGGUUAAAUAAUAAUAAUUAUAACAGUAUAAAAAAAUCAUAUCAUAUUCCCUGAAUUUUAAAUUUCAUUACAUACAUAGAUCAACGUUUCUUAUUUAGAUAAUACAGCACUUCUCUAGAGGACUAAAAUGUAUAUGGCAUGAUGGGAAAAAUAACUACUUAAAAUCUGAAGGAUAUGAGCUUUUGGUUGUACUAUACUAUUCCUCCAUUGUCCAUCAAUCUUACAGUUGGGGGUGUAUUGUCCCAAACUGCACAAAUAGUAAUAACACUUGUGAUUUGAUGGCAUACUGUGUAGUAUGUGUAGCAUAACAUCCAGUUGUAUUUACAAUAAUUAAAAUCAAAGGUUUGUUGAGUACAUCAGUGUUGUCACUGUUAUAGUUACUGUACUGAGUGCCAGAUGAUGAAAACUCUCAGCAAGAUAUGAUCUUUUAGUGUCAAUCAGCUGUUUAGCCCUACUAUAGCAUGUGGUAUAAUAAACAGCCUAAAAUCUACAGAAAUAGUCACAUAACAUUAGAUAACUAGCUACAAUUUGGUUGAAGCAAUGUUUGAAGUGUUCUGCUGUAAUUUCACAGCAUGUUUUCCAGACUGUGUCCUCUGUGUUGUUUUCUAGCAUUUCAAAACCAUUUGUCAUAAACUGUUAGCAUACUUGCUAAAACUGUUGCCAGAGUAUAAAAAUACAAGCAGUCACAACACACAAACACCCCGUAAUAGUCCCAACCCACAAUCCUUCCAGAGUUCUCUAGCUCAGCCAACAUCUCAAAUCGUUGCAAUAUAAACACAAAGGUAACAUAAUCACAAAGGUUACAAGAGUAACUCUGAUCACUGUCAUCUAUCAUUCACAAGUUCACAUAUUAGAGAAUAAAUUAGAAUCAUAAAAAAGCUAAAAUUCCAUCAGGAAUGAAUUUCUUCAUCUUAAAAUGUAGUAUUGGAUUCUCACCCUCAGGCUUUGUUUAGCCUCUCAUGCACAUAGUUUAUUGUACAAUAAUUGGAUUUGCUUGAUCAAGUUUUAUUUUUGUCAACGGGCAGCCAAAUAAUUUGGUAAAUAAAUUAUCUCCAUGGAUAAAUAAUAUUUAUUGUAAAUAAUAUUUAGUCUAAUAUAAAUUGCAAAUACAGUUACCCUACAAUUUACCCUACUAUAAAGUGUUACUAAACCAAAAGUGUUAAAAAAAAUCUGGCAACCUUGGAGGUAGGUGAAUUCCUUAAUCUGAUUGAGUUGAAAAAGUCAAAAACUUGAUGAAGAUGGUUCUGAAAGUGCAGAGUUUUUUUUUUAUUAGAAACAGUGACAUCAAUUUUGAACAUAAUAUUCAGACUUAAGUGGCCAACUCUGAAUACAACCCUUGUUUCAUUAGCUGAGAGAUUUGAUGUCUUCAUGCAGCCUAUUGUAGUAUAUUACAUGUAGUUAUUACUAUGCAAAUAUUUCAUUUACUUUACAGAGGGUUACCAAUCUUGGACACUCGUGAUGAAGAAUGGAGGAAUGAGAGUAUUGGAAAUUCCUGUAUUCAAAAGUUAUAUCAUGUUAUUGGCUAGGCAGCCACAUUUAUAUGUGGUAUAUAUGCCCAACUUCAGUAUCAUGUAGCCUUUAUAUCAUAUCUUUUUAUCUAUUCAACUUGUCAUACUGAAAAUCUGUCAUGUAUACACUGUAUAAUUAUUUAAAAUCAUUCUAUACAUUUCAAACUAAAUAACUACAUCACAAGUUUAAACUAAAAAGGUACUGAAUAACAUUUUGAAUCUGAGCGGUCUGUAAGUCUAUCAUGUGAGCAUAAUGAACAGUGCAUACAUGUUUGUUUAA